CUGGCUUGGGUGCUUGACUGCUGUUGUGUGGUCAGAACGCUCGAAUCAACUCUACUCCUCAGCCAGAGCGUCCGGUGUACGCUCCGAGAGCGAAACGCUCUGAAUUUACGAAAGGAAAAUCUGACAACGCUGCAUAACACUGAAUCCAGUGUCCCUUGCAAGCAGCAAUCUAUUGUCAAGGGUGAGAAAUGCAUACAAAGUGGGCGGUUUCAGGAGUCCGAGCCAACCACCACCAUGGUUAAGGAGGUCUCCCUCCCAGAGGAGUUCCCCACUGAUGGCCUGGAACUGCUUCUAGACUUUUUCUAUACCGGGGAGUUAAACCUUGACUCUUUGAAUCUGGAGAAUGUGCGACAGGCUGCAGACAGCCUAUGUGUACCAGAUGCGCUCGCACUUUGUCAGCAGUUUGCCACAGAAGGGACAGUUUCUCCAGAAGGACUGCAGUCUGCAUGUCUUCUGAGCCAUCAUUUUCAGCCAAUCUCAGCUGUAACUUAUGUAGGAACCAAGGCCACCCUAAAAAGAGGGAGGCCCCCUAAAAAAAGAGGGAGGCCCAAAAAAUCCCAAACCCCUAGUAGCGGCACAAGUAAGAAGGAUUGUCUGGAAGCUACCGCCACCACAACUGCCAUCACAACUCGCUCUGGGAGUAGGGUGAAGGCCUCCAGAAGACCGUUUGGAGAGGGCCCCGGUGUGUGUCUCCUGCCCCAUGUGGGGACCACUAGCAGGGGGACUCCACCACUAGUUAUUAGCCUAAAGGAUAGGAGUGAUGGGGCUGAGGAGGAGGGACAACGCCUCCCUCAGCCUACAGAUACAACAGAGGUAACAGAUGUGUUCGGCAACCUUGUACCAGAUUUGAGCUACAAAGCUAAUUCUCAUCUGCAGCCUCUUGAUGAAGAAGACUAUGAUGAUGAUGGCGGUGGUGGUGAUUUGGUGGAGGGGGUAGCUGAGGACACUGAUGAAGAGUAUGUGCCCCAUGCCCUGCUGCCUACCUCCUCCAGCCCCAAAGGCAGACGUAAAGGACCAACCAAAGCUGUCAAUAAAGAGAACGGUGAACGGGCAGCCAAGGGGUCUACAAAGGGCUCUGUUCAGUGCCCCACCUGCAAUAAGACCUUCCUCAGCAAGUAUUACCUCAAAGUACACAACAGGUGUCAUACAGGUGAGAAGCCCUUUCCAUGCUCUAAGUGUGGAAGGAGGUACUACAGGAAGGAGAAUCUGAUGGACCACCAGGCCAGAAACUGCAACUGUGGUGAAAAAAUAAAAGUGGUACACAACUGCCUUCAAUGCCACAUGUCAUUUGACAGAUUGGGGGAUCUACGUCUGCACACGGUCUCCCAUACAGGGGAAAUGCCCAAUAAGUGUACGUCAUGCUCGGAACAGUUCAUGCAUAAAAAAGAUUUAAGAAGUCACGAAAUCAAAAUCCACGGUGCACCCAAACCACAUGCAUGCUCUCUGUGCAGCAAAGCAUACCUGUCUAAAACAGAGCUGCGUCUGCAUGAGGCGUCCAAGCAUCGCGGCGAGAAGCUCUUUGUGUGUGAGGAGUGUGACCAUCGAGCCUCCAGCCGACACGGCCUGCAGAUGCAUAUCAAAGCCAUUCACAGAAACGAGCGUCCAUUUGUGUGUGAGUACUGCAACCGUGCGUUCACCCAGAAGGCUAACCUUAACAUGCACUUGCGGGUUCACACUGGAGAGAAGCCCCAUCAGUGCCACCUCUGUGGGAAGACCUUCCGGACACAAGCCAGUCUUGACAAGCACCACCGAACCCACACAGGAGAGCGACCUUACAGCUGUGAGUUCUGUAACCAGCGCUUCACAGAGAAGGGACCAAUGCUCCGCCAUGUUGCCAGCAAGCACCAGGAGGACCGCCCUCACUGUUGCAAGAUAUGUGGCAAGACCUUCAAGGCCGUCGAGCAGCUCCAUGUCCAUGUGCGUCGCCAUCAAGGCAUGAGGAAGUUUGAGUGCGAAAAGUGUGGCUACAAGUUUACCAGACAGGCUCACUUACGGCGUCAUGUUCAGGUCCACACCCGUACAGAGAACUACAAUCCACGGGAGAGAAAGCUACGGAACCUGAUAGUAAAGGACGUGGGGUUGCAGGAUGAGACUAGCCCCUCACAGAUACCACCCACUGAGAAGGAGACACCCGAGGGGCCAGCGCCUGUCUCUGGACCCAGUGUCCCAGUCUCUGUUCCUGUCUCUGGACCUAUACCUGGACCUGGAACUGUACUAGGAGCCAGUGACAUCCUCAGGGUGGUGAUCCAGCCCCUUACGGAGGAGGUGGUGUCCAGCCAAGGGCAGAUAGAUGUGGGCUUUAACCAGGACCAAGUGGGCUUUACCCAGGUUGGGGUGGCACAGGGACAUGGCCAGGUGGAUGUGAUGUCCAUCAGCCAGGGUUUGGGUAUGACUGGGCAUAGCUUCAAUGUGACAGAUGUGAUGGAGCAGACUCUACUGGUCGCAGAUUACCCCAUCCCUGAGACCACGGUGGAGCUGGAGGACAUACAGGAGGAUCCUCCUGCUAAGAGCAAGGCCUGAGGACUAAGAGCAAGGCCUGAGGACUAAGAGCAAGGCCUGAGGACUAAGAGCAAGGCCUGAGGACUAAGAGCAAGGCCUGAGGACAGGACAGGCUGGUUAGUAUCUCACACCGCUAGACAUUCUCAUUGGAGAAGCCUAGAGCAGCUUGAGUACUGCAAGACUUCAAGAACUCCCACACUGUGGCUACUCGCUCUGCUCUGCAGUUGAAGCAUUCAUUUAAUUUCAGUCAUUAUUGUAACCAUGUUUUCUGUCUAAAUUACUGUACAGAAAAACUGGUUCCCACUCAGCCCAGUAGAUGAUGAACCCCUCAAGACAUUCCCCUACUCUGUGGGCAUCUUAUUCAUUUUGCCUGUGCAUUGGGUCUGACAAUGUAAUAUAAAUUGGCUUAGGUUUUAUGAAGUUUGUUGUGUUUUUACAUAAUUUAAUGAGAUAAGUCAAUAGGUCAGGUUGUGAGAAGUGAAUGUAAAUCAAUGGGAUUGUCUUGCAUCAAGUCAAACGGUAAACAGAAUAAAUUGGCAGUCCUGCCUGCA